GUGGUCAGUGUACUGGUGACAGUGUACUGUCUCCUGUCGAUAGCCCUCGCUCUGACGAUCUACUACGCCAAAGAUGCGAUCUACGAGAUGGAGGUGUGGGCCUGGAUCUUGUUCGGUGUUCUGCUCGGCUGCACGCUGCUCGUCCUGCUGCUAAUCUCCAUUCAGCCACGGGAGCAUGCCGAUGCUCCGUUCCGUGUACCGCUCGUACCGCUGCUCCCGGGGAUCAGUAUUUUCGUCAACAUCUACCUGAUGCUGAUGCUCGACAUCUACACCUGGAUCCGGUUCGGUAUUUGGAUGGCUGUUGGGCUAGUCAUGUAUCUGAUAUGUGCCUGCUGUUACGGCGAGCGUGGCGUAAAGAACGUCGAUGUUCGAGUGCCACACAGCCAGCCAGCAGUACCGGCCACCGAUCACUACCGCGACGGGAGCACACUAGAGAACGGUUCGAUCGGUGAGCAAUCGCUCGAAGAUGCCGCCACUUACCACCAAUCACGUAGCUUCGCUAACCAGAACGGUGGCUACUAUUCGCGCAAUCUAAGCGCCGCAAUCGAAACCGAAAUGGUGGGGGACCCACGGGAAUUGAAGCCCCGGAUGUUGCCCACCAGCACAGUGGCAGGUGAAGCCGCCAAGCUCGGACCAACUGGUGUGCCCGUUGCCAUCUCUACAGAGUCCGAGGAAGAGCAGAGCCACACGAAGUCCUCGAAAAUCUCCAACACCUCGAACAGCAGCGCAACACCGAAGAGUAGCUUCGACGAGAUACUGCCCCUGUCCGAGCUGGCCGAUGAGUUUACGGAGAAGAUCGAACCGAACGGUAAGGUGUACUUUGUGGCGCAAACGGCCGAGGAACGGAUCGGUGCCCGGGAAGAGGGUGCCGUACAGCGGCGCGCGGUGGCCAGCGAGGCGAGCCCGAUCGCUGAACCGAUCUCGCUGACGGUGGAAAAGGAAACGUCGAAAGCCAUUGCCUUCCUGGAUAACAUACUGGAUGAUGAGGAUACGGUAGUGUCCGGUGAGGAACCGCCCAGCUCUGGAGAGUAUGUGCGAACUAGAGGGGAUCAAGAAGGACGAGAGGAUAACGAUGAUGAUGAUGAUGAUGAUGAUGGUGCAUCGUCGUCCCUUGCUAGUCCCGUAUUUCGAGACCAAUCCGUGGUGGCUGAUAUACACCGCACGUUGGACAGUAUUGGCGAGAGUACAACGAGCGAACAACCCAAUGAACCGUCACUACCAAUUGUUUUACCCGUUGUGAUACCAACACCGACCGCUACCGAACCUGAAUCGCGAACGGAAAUCGAACAACAGAACUCAGAUGAAUCGAAACUUGAGGCACGCUCCGUGCCCGUAAAGAUAGUGACGCAACCCCAAGAGGAUCAACGAUCAUCAGCGAAGGAAGCACCAUCCAAGUUGAAACCACGUGCCAUGUACGUUGAUAAGGGCAGCGAAGACGAUGGAACGAUGCGAAAGGUGCUCACCGAGGACGAACAGGAGUUUAUCAACUUCCGGCCGGUCGAUAAGGAUCAGUUCAAGUCCCGGCUCAGUGUACUGCUGAUCAACCAGAAGCCGAACCCGUUGGCGUCUAAGAAAGUCGGUGAAGGAGGUACGACCAAUCCGGAUGCUUCCGCCGCCCGAAUGGCCCCACAGGCCAAUCGACCAUCUAUGAGCCGGUCCACGAGUGAACCAAGCUUUGUGUUGCUGCUGAACAAGCUCGGUGGUGGCGGUGAGUCACCGCAGGAGAGUGAAACGGAUGAACCGGAAGAGAAGGCCCGGUCGGAGCACAGCAGUUUGGCGCCUGUCGCGAUUCCACCGGCGCCCAAGUUCGAUCAGACGCUCUUCAACACGAUCCGUGCGGGCGCUAUUCCGAGCACGCCUCGUACUCCCAUUCCCGAGGCGCCCAAGUUUGAUCCCGUGCUGUACAACACGCUUGGCAAGGGAAAGGCCCAGAGGGAGUCCAUAUUACCGGAUGCGCAGCAACAGCAGCAGCAGCAGCAGCAGCAGCAGGAGAAGGAACUGGAGCAAAUGAAUCCGGUAACGGUUAGGCCUGUCGUUGCAGCAGCAGCAGCUACUGUUCCUGUGACACCACCCGGUGGCAAGUAUUACGAGGUGGAACUGAAGAAGCUCAAACGGAUCGCACCAUCCGUACCGGUACAGACAUCCAAGGAGGCCGAACCCGACCCCGAAUCCAAUCCGAGGCAAGCAUUCAAAUCCCGAUUGGAACAGAUACUGCAACGUGGACCACUCGAGGUACCGGGACGACCGAAAACCUUAACUCCCAGCCUGAUGGGUGCCAUUAGUGCGGACAACAUAGCGGCACCGUCGAGGAUCAGUCUACAGCAACGCCAGCAGCAGCUACCGGGUGCUUCUAGUACCGAUUCCGGACUUGGUAUGCUCACCUCGUCCACGGUUUCGGUCAGUUCGACGUCGGAUUCAACGGAAGGGUCAGUGAUUACCUCCGAGAACGUCGGUGUGAAGCGAGACGAAAGCUUCCGGGAUCGAGCCCGAGGGUUCGAUACGGCGAAGAAAAAACAGAAGCUGAUCUUUGACGAUGUGCUCAAAUCGAUCAAUCCGGAGACGCGGCCCAGCAGCAUACGGAACUCGGUCGAGCAUCGGGUGUCGUUCCGUAACUUCAAGGAGGGGCUACGCAAAACGGUCCCCCCCAAGCAGUUCCUUCCGGAUGCGUGAGCGUUUCUGUGAUCGUGAUCCGCGGUAGCAGCAGCAGCAGCAGCAGCAGCCCGCUUCAGUGGCCAUCCGUGCGUUAAUGUUUGUGUUUGUCUGUGGCCAGUCUCACACCAGUAGUUAGUUCCUUUCGCGUUCCCACUAGCAGCAUCAUCGUUUCCUCCUCUUCCUCCUCAUCGCUCCCAAUCCAGGUGGCAAACAGUAACAUCCCAUUUGUCCCAGUGAUCGAGAUGCUAACACCCUUGCCGUUUCCCGGCUAGUGAGCUAACAACGAACUACUACUAGAAUCACCCGUUCGCCUGGGGCACCCCGCAACGAAUGUAAAGCUAAUGCGGAGUCCCAAAAUGAUGAUGAGACGGAGAGUCAAUCCGUUCGUUUGUUGAUGAGAAUGUUCCUCCUUCCAAUCCCGCCGAUCUAGGUUUGGCUCUGUACGCGUUCUACGGUUUCAAGAACAGCUACAGGGAGGUGUACGCUAGCCAGUUCGGUUGGACCAAGCUAAAGUACGUCCGCUAAACGGUUUUAGCCAUUUAUUCCAACUCAGUUGCAGCUUCCGCGGGGUGAAGUGUGCUGGCGCGUAUGACACCAUACGUCCCAGGACGACCGUC